CUUGCACCAUCAAGUCAUGACGCCAACUAACUAAAAGAUUCACCUAAAAGCCCUCUUUAAUGUAUUCUCUUUGUUCAUUUGGGUUUAUAACAAAAACAACUUUUUCAUGCAUUCGUAAGGGAUAAGCAAAAUGGCUAUCGGAGGAUUGGCUCUUGAUGACUCGGACGCCGGCAACAUUGACGCCAAGUUCACAGCCGCAGUUGUCAUGAGUUGCAUUGUGGCUGCCUCAUGCGGUCUCAUAUUUGGAUACGACAUCGGAAUCUCAGGGGGUGUGACGACUAUGAAGCCGUUUCUUGAGAAAUUCUUUCCAUCAGUUCUUAAAAAAGCUUCGGAAGCUAAGACGAAUGUGUACUGCGUCUACGACAGCCAACUUCUUACUGCCUUCACAUCUAGCCUCUAUGUCGCCGGUUUAGUCGCUUCCUUAGUGGCUGGCCGUCUCACCGCGGCUUAUGGUCGCCGCACCACCAUGAUCCUGNAAGUCAUGACGCCAACUAACUAA